UGUCCUGACGUUCGCAGAAAGUAUUAUGAUCGCGUGGUCGUACGGAAGUUUGUUCCUCCUGUUCGUUAUUUCGAAGACGAAUCGCGUCGAAGCAAAUCCGAAGUUGAUAUGUCGACCGGAGAUCUCGAGUAAGGUUUGCCAAGAAAGCAAGCAUCAACUGUGUCUGCUCACCGAACAGCUUGAAGCUGACAUUUGUGGUUUGAUCAGGACCAAUCAAACACUGCUGAACUCAGCAAAGCACUUCUUCCUGCAGACCAUGAAGAAUGUGACUGACCAAACCAUCUGUGAGAAUCACGGAUUCAAUGUUCCCGAGACGGAAUCUAGGUGCUUCUCGCCUGAAGUAGAGUCGUUUCUAAGAGCAAAUGGAACCAUGUGCAAAGAAUUGUGUGUGCCACGUGAGGAAACCGAUUUUGUGACUCUCGAAUGUCGAGCAUUCAAAGUUGCCCUUGAUACUGGAAAAUAUGUUGCUUCAUUAAUCUGUAUUGGAAGCGGGAAAGAUCUCGUACAUGUUAACCGUACUGAAGUUGAUGCUACAAGUAUUUCACGCUCAGCAAAGUUAUCGAACAAUUCCGUUCCGACAAAUUUCACGGGGACGAGCUUGAAACCCGGGAAACUUCCUGUGAAAGAUAAACAACGAAAUGCGCCAACGAUGGACAAACGUCAAAAAAACGAUACUGCUUUGGAAGCACCUAUAGAGGAGAGCACCGAAGGAAGUAAGAUUGGAACUGUCUCUUCGCCGAAAAAAUCAUCCACCGAAGGACAGCUCAUUACCACGUCUGUCGAAAAAGAGGAACGAUCGUCGAGUAUUGGAGUCGAGAAAAGCUCUACGAAAGCUGGGACAAUAACUAGCGGUAAACCGUCGAAAGUGGACAAGAAGAAUGAGCGGGAAACUUACAUUCCUUCUGUUUCGGAAGAAAAAUCCAAUUCAGCCGCAAGUGCUAAUGUCACGCCAAGCAUCGAUGCAAAGAUCAAACAAAAGCCGGCAGAAAAGUCAGUUCUUGAGAAUGAAAGUGGCAAAGUAACAAAGCCGAACAAGCCCUCUGUCAAUGGCGUUGUUGACAAGUUUGACGUGGAUUAUGCGGAUAAGGAUCAAAUGGCGUAUGGAGAUGAUGGUCUUUCCGAUUCUAUUGAUGAGCCACCGUCUCAGGAGAAUAUUGCGUUGGUGGAAGAGAAACCCAAGAAAGCUACACUUCGUACAGACUCGAGAAAACCGGAACAUAAUUUAGACUCAUUCAUGAAUGAUCCAAGAUUGAUGCGCAAGAGCAUGGCAGAUGCACAACACUCGGAUUUCAUAAGUUACAUGGGGUUCAUGAUUGUCGUUUCCGCAUUAGUGUACCUGGCGUUCAUCAAUCGUCAUAAGGUGCUUGCUCUUAUUGUGGAAGGAAGCAGAUCAAGAAACAAUAGUGAACGGCGACGAAGUGGGAGUGGAACAAGGUAUCAUAAACUGGACAACGCAGAAGAUUCUCUUGGAUCUCGCAUUCGAGAAUCGGAUGAUAAACAUGUCGUGUUCUAAAGCCACGUUCUUGAUUUCAUCGAACCAUGCAUUGUGAUAUCUUCAGGUUGCUUCUAGGAAGUUGAAAUACUUUUAACGGGCAUAUUUGCGGUGAUAGCACGCGAAGGUACUGCUUACUAGUAAGUCAUGCUCUGGAAGUUUAUUUUUAUUGGUGGUCUGGAUUCAGAUUCCUAGAAUAAUAUGCUUAUUGAGGAAGUCAAUAUUUGCAACGAAAGCCGAUGCUUGAACUUUGCCGUCAAGUGAUCGAAGCAUCUCGACUCACGUUACUUUCUGCUAUCCUUCGUUGGAUCUUUGCGUGCGAAAAUUUCAAGUUGUGAUUCAUGUUCUCCAAUGGAAAUUCGUGGGCGAAAGAAUAUUGUUGGGCGUUUUGUUCCAGUGUCUUCGAGCAAUUGGUGGAAGUAUUUUUCUGCGGAAGUGUUCUGCUUUGAGCCUUGUGAUCGAACAAGUUCUUUGGUGAAGUGAGGUUGCACUUAUGCAAUUGUGUGAAUGAAGCACAUCGUUGUGAAA